AUGGAGAGGGAGAGAGGAUCAUGGAAAUUCGGAGGCGGUGAAGAAGAGGAGAUAGUUGUGGAAGAAUGUGGAGAGGAAGGAGAAGGAGAAGGCGAAGGCGAAGGGGAGAUCAAGGGAUUCAUGAGUUUUAUGCCUACGUUUGAGGAUGGCAUCAAAGUGCUUUAUCUUUAUGAGAUACAUCUAAUGGACGAACUACGCGGCACAGGCCUAGGCACCCAUCUAAUGUCCCUCCUUACCAACAUUGCGCGCGCCAUUCCCGGUGUCGAAAAAACAAUGUUAACAUGUUACACGGCUAAUGAAGCGGCGUUGAAUUUCUAUAGGAAGCUUGGAUAUGAGAAGGAUGAGUAUAGUCCGGAGCCGAAGAGGUUGAAGGGGGGGAAGGUGUUGGAGAGUGAUUAUGUUAUUUUGAGUAAGAGGAUUGAGAGGAUAGGGGAUGGGUAG